UCUAUACUGGCUGUAUCUGAGAGCAACAACGUCCAGAGGUCAUCCCAAAUGAGUAUGCCCCCAAGGAAGUUCAAACACAUGCCGGCGACGAAAUGACGAGUAAAACUCCAGUUUCACUUUCGCAGCAAGGGACGAUGAUAGCCCGCUUGUUCUCUCUCUCUCUCUCUAUAUAUAUAUAUAUCGUCACAUAUAUAUGUGCGUGUGUUUAUACGUAGAUAGGUAGACGCGCGCGCGCGCGCACACACACACACACACACACACACACACACACACACACACACACACAGAGGGAGGGUACGGUUCGGAAAAGGUGGUGGUGGUAAUAGUCCACCCUGCGCCGCGGGAACAGGAAUAGGAGACGAUGACGGACAGGUCAAGGAGCAACGAAGGAGGUGAGCGAUGUGGGGAGAAGGCGGGGGUAGGGGUGGAGGAAUCGCGGGGGAUGGGGAUUUUUUCCGAGGAUGAUUUUCCGAUUAUUGCUGGUGGUUCGGGGAGGGGUUCUGCAACCCUUGGAGGUUCGGCAUCCUGCUCGGCAAGCUUUGGACGACCCAGUUCGGGUUCUGAGACCCUAGGAGGCUCCGGUUCGGGGGAUGGUUCGGCAGAGCUGCGUGGAGGAAAGCAAGCAGAUGGUGGAGGAGGAACGAGAUGGCUGGGGAAGGUUAAUGGAUCCCGGCAACAAGGGACUGUGUGGAGGAGGAAGAUGGAGAAAAGGGUAGGUGGUUGUUGGGGAGGAGGGAGAAUGGGAGGAGGAGGUAGAGGAGGAGGAGGAGGAGGAGACGGAGCGAGUGAAGAACGUGAAGAAGGGGGAGCAACCGCAGGGUGGAGCACACGGGCGGGCGCUGUCGCCAUCGGCGCGCAGCGGCAUCGGCAAGGUGAACUGUAUUGCCCGGGAGGGGUGGGGAAUCUGCAGGGAGAAUUCGUUGUGCCGAAGCAAGAAGAGGCGGCGAGGCUCGCAGCCGUUAGGAGGAAAAAGGAUUUCGAAUGCUUUGAGCGCGUCAAUGGCAAGAUGGUAAAUGUGUAAACAGUCUUUGCCAUGCUUAUCUUUAAUAAUAAAUAAAAAGAUAGAUAAAUAGGUAAAUAAAAAUAACUAAAUAAC